UCUAUUUUUAACGUGCCGGAGCGAGACGCAGUCGCACCGCAGCCGGAACCGCAGCGCGCCAGUAUCGACGCGCGAUCCGCUGGCCGCGAAACGAUCCGCCAAACGCGAAACGAUCCGUCCAACGUGAAACGAUCCGCCCGGACGCGUAACAACGAUCCUCCAACGCGGCGCCUCUACUGGAGCAGUCAAGAGACCAACGACGGCGAUUUAUUUGACGACGACACGAUAACAUUGUUGAUAUUGCACCGUCGGAAUAGAUCGUAAGACCGUCGCGGCAACCGGACGGGGAACGACCCGCCGCGCACCCAUCUAUUGCACCAUCCGCCCAAGACCGCACGCCAUGGGUCGACAUGAGUGACCUCGCCGACACCAUCGACGAUCUCAUAUGUAGUUUCGAAAGCGAUGGUAGCAAGACGAUGGACACGUUGAUCAUGUACCUGUUCUGCUGGGCGCUCGUCGGUUUCGCCGCGCUGGCCGUUGGCAAAUUCGCCUACGGCCGGGUCGCCCAGUAUGCCGGCCGCAAAUCGACCGCCGCCAAAACGGCCGCCACGGAACCGGAAGCGGCGACCGCUGGUGACCGGAAACCGUCGCAGCUGCACCACCACCGGGUCGUGCCGCCCACGCCGCCGGUGGCCCGCAAGCGGUUGGGCUCCAAGACGGGCCGCACGUCUGCGGCCGUGGCUAGCGUUGCGGCCGGUCUGUCCGCCGUGCCGGCCGCCGCGGCCGCCAGCAAGGCGUUUUCGUCAGAACAGCAGCAGGCGCACCACCACUAUCCGCAGCACCAACGCCGAACGCCGCCCGCAGCCACCGGAAACGAUCAGGACGCUGUCCGCUGGACGAACGACGUAUUCAAAUGGCUGUAUGAUGUGGCCGCGUCCGGCGGUGGCGAAUCGUCGGCUGUCGACUAUCUGCUCGGCGAGUGGACGUCCGCUCUCAAUGAGUACACAAAAAAAUCGUUCGCCGAACACGGUGUUGGCGUCGAAUUUGUUCGGUUUCUACCAGAAACUCACCCACCAGUAUUCAGCAACGUUUUUUGCGAACUUGGAGCUUACGAAAACAUUACGAUUACGUGUGACUGUGAUGCUACGCCAGCGAUGCAGUUGAAGGCAAUGCGACAGAAGGGUGACAAAGUGGACGUUUCUCAUUACCGAGUAAAUGUAAACAAGUUACAAGCUCGGUUGAACAUAUCAUGUGACACUGCUAAGAAGAGAGGACAAAUCAAAUUCGAUGGAUGGCCAAAAGUAAAAGUUAUGUUGGCCCAGGUAGGAUACAUUAAAAGUAAAACAAUGGACGAAGUACAAUUGCAAGACGUGAUCAUGGACAUUGUAACCGGUGCUAUAAGAUCAACAGACCUUUCUGUCGAUUUGUACCGUUGGUCAGAGUUUCCGAAUUUCGUGAAAAGUCAACAGACUAUAACUACUUCGCCUUUGGACUCGUACACCGAACGAAUAAUAAGCCCGAAAAUAGAGCCAACAGCCAUGAAGCCAGGAGAGAAAAGAUUAAUGGUUAAAGUCAUAAAAGCGGUCGGACUCGGACUCAAACAAGGAUGUUUCGAGCCGUACUGCGUGAUCGAAGUCGACGAUCCGUUUCAGAAGAAGCAGACUUCAACAAAGAAAAACACUUCAUCACCACAGUGGAAUGAAAACUUUAUGUUCACACUGAACCGGACGACUGAGGAGAUAUUAUUCGAAGUAUAUGAUUGCAACCCGAAUGGCGGCAAUCAGUUUAUGGGGUUGGCUAUUGUAAGCGUCGAAGAACUACUUGUUAAUCCUUACCAGAGACAAGUGCUGUCACUCCAGUCACGGCCGUAUCAAGAUGAUUCGGUGUCCGGCACUCUCACGUUAGAAUUCAUUUUUCUUGAGGAUGAAGAACAGAACACGGUAUCAAAAGGAACUACAGAUUUUACAAGCGAAAGGCUUUCAAUGUACAAUGAUCAUUAUUUGCAAGAACCGUUUGUUGGUAGUGCGAAUCAAAUAGGCAAGAACGCACAGGAAGAAAACAAGAAUAAACACAUAUCGUACAACAUCAACACGGUGUUCAACAACAAAGACUACUUAGCAAUGCCGUCGGACCACAGGAACAUGGCACAAGACGGAGGGGUGAGUCGGAUGGGUUUCUAUAAUAACAGCAGUUUACAACAAAAGCGCGAGUCCGAAACGGGAAUAAGCGUCGACAGACAAUAUGACGUCGGUUACAAUGGAAUGCAUGAAGGUGAGAUGUCAGCUGGUGGAUUCCCACUGAAUGGACAACAAUUAUUAUUAACUGAUCGUGGCCGAAGCAGGAAGAAAAAACGUGAUUUUUUUGGCGCUAUGAGAACCCGGUUCAACAGAUCCAAGUCCAGGUCCAAAUCAAUCGAUGCCAAUCAGCACGACAAGUACAACGAUUUGUAUGGUCUAUCACCGGGGCAGGCGCGAUCGAUAUCGGCGGACGGCACCAGGAACUCGUCGGAACCGUCUAUUGAUUUACUGGCACCGCCUCGAGCUGGGUCAGCGCGGUCGAGUCUGAGUGAAAUGUCUGGAGCCAGUGGUACUUCAACGGGUACGUAUCUGAAUGAAGCAUCUACACUGGUAUUAGAGACAACAGAAAACAACGUGAAAAAGCAUUAUUUGGUACCAUUCACUCAGGCCAAGAAAAGCAAAUGGAAGAGAGCUGGUGUUAAACUACACAUAUAUAACGAUCAUACGUUCGUUGCCAAACAUUUGUCCAGCCGUCUAAAUUGCCUGGUGUGCGCGAAAUACUUCCCAAGACGCAUCGGAAAACAAGGGUACGAGUGCAGGGAUUGCCUGAUCAAAUGCCACAAGGAAUGUCACGUCAAGGUGUCGGUGGUGUGCACCAAUUCAAAAAUUCAUAAUAUCGACCUGAAUAAUUUAACGGUAUUGCCAUCGAUAUCGGCAUAGUGACUGGACAGUCGGCCGCAUCGGACGUGUCACGUCCGUUCACGUUCACGAACACUUUACUUACCCGCUAAUAAUAAUGUCAUAUUAUUAUAAUAUUAUAACAUAAUAUAUUGUACGAUAACCUUAUUA